CCAAGCAAGGUUCACUAGCCUUGGGCUGCAGGGAGGCUGCUGUGUCCCCUGAGCACCUGUGACACAGAGCGGGCCCACGGAGUGGCAGUCCUCACCUAGCUGGGGCUUCCCACCCACGCCCGCUGAGCUCUGUCCAGACCAGUGCUCCCUGUCCCUCCCCUGCCUACCAGCAUCGCACCCACAGACUUGGUAAGAGCAGCUGCUCACUUAGCCAAGAUGUCCAAGGUAGCUAAGUAUCGGCGGCAAGUGAGUGAGGACCCCGACAUCGACAGCCUGCUGUCCACCCUCUCCCCCGAGGAGAUGGAAGAGCUGGAGAAGGAGCUGGAUGUGGUGGACCCAGAUGGGAGCAUUCCCGUGGGGCUUCGGCAGAGGAAUCAAACGGACAAACAGCCCUCAGGCACUUUCAACCGGGAAGCCAUGCUCAACUUCUGUGAAAAGGAGACCAAGAAACUUAUUCAGAGGGAGAUGUCUAUGGAUGAAAGCAAGCAAGUGGGGAGAAAGACAGAUGCCAAGAAUGGAGAGGAAAAGGGCAGCGAUGCCAGCAGAAAGGCCCUAGGUCCCAGACAGGACUCAGACCUGGGCAAGGAGCCGAAGAAGGGUGUUUUAAAGAAAAGCUUCUCCAGGGAUCGAGAGGAGACUGAUGCCAGAGGGGGCGAAAAGCCCAAGGAGGAAAAGGUCAUCAGGGGCAUUGACAAGGGCCGGGUCAGGGCUGCAGUGGACAGGAAGGAGGCUGGGAAGGAUGGCAGAGAAGAAAGGGCAGCCACCAUGAAGAAAGAAGAAGAGAAGACAGGGAGUGUCAGGAACACAGGGUUGAGCAGAGACAAAGACAAGAAGAGAGAAGAGGUAAAGGAGGCCAGCAAGAAAGAGGAGGAGAAGCUAACAGCGGAGAGCAGGAACACAGUCUCCCAAAGAGAGGACAGGAGGCUGAAAAAGACAAGUGAGAACACGGACAAGAAACCAGAGGAUGAGGGCAUAGGAAGUGGGAUCAGAGACAAGAGAAAGGAGGAUGAAGUUAAGAAGGAAGAGAACCGACCUGACAAGGAGGUCAGGGAAGAGAGCGAGACCAAAGCCACAGAGAAGCAGGCCCUCAGUGGCCCCAGCAAGCCCUCAAAUGGGCAAGCCAGAGCAGAGGAGGAAACAGCUCCCAGCAUAUUUGAUGAACCUCUGGAGAGAGUGAAGAACAACGACCCAGAGAUGACUGAAGUGAACGUCAACAACUCAGACUGCAUCACCAAUGAAAUCCUGGUCCGGUUUACUGAGGCCUUGGAGUUCAACACUGUGGUCAAGGUGUUUGCCUUGGCCAAUACUCGGGCUGAUGACCAUGUGGCCUUUGCCAUUGCCAUAAUGCUCAAGGCCAAUAAGACCAUCACUAGCCUCAACCUGGACUCCAACCACAUCACUGGCAAAGGCAUCCUGGCUAUCUUCCGGGCCCUGCUCCAGAACAACACGCUGACAGAGCUGCGUUUUCACAACCAGAGGCACAUCUGUGGGGGCAAGACUGAGAUGGAGAUUGCCAAGCUCCUCAAGGAGAACACCACCCUGCUCAAGCUGGGCUACCAUUUUGAGCUGGCCGGGCCACGGAUGACUGUCACCAACCUGCUUAGCCGCAACAUGGACAAGCAGCGACAGAAACGGCUGCAAGAGCAAAAGCAGGCCCAGGAAGCCAGGGGAGAGAAGAAGGACCGGCUGGAAGUACCCAAAGUUGGGGCUCUGGCCAAGGGUUCCCCCAAAACUUCACCCCAACCAUCUCCAAAGCCUGCACCCAAGAACUCACCCAAGAAAGAGGGUGCUCCAGCUGCCCCACCUCCUCCUCCUCCUCCCCUGGCCCCGCCCCUUAUCAUGGAGAAUCUAAAGAACUCUCUCUCACCAGCUACCCAGAGGAAGAUGGGAGACAAAGUGCUCCCUGCCCAGGAGAAGAACUCACGUGACCAGCUCCUAGCUGCCAUCCGUUCCAGCAACCUUAAGCAGCUGAAGAAGGCAAAGGUACCCAAGCUGCUUCAAUAGGAUCAGGCAUCCAGGCACCUGGUGCCAAUGCCAUGCCUGCCUAGACUGUUGUCCCAGGGCUCCACACAGACCCCCACCACCCAACCCUGGCUGAGCUGUUGCAGCUCUCCCUGUCCACCGUGGGAGAGCUCAAGACCUGGGCCACGCUCAAGGGAGGACACCUCAUCUCUUCUCACCUUCCUUUGCUUGUCUCUGAGGCUCCCCAAAAGUUGCUUUGAAACCUGGAGCUGAAGUUUCAGAUGAGAGGAGUCCUUUUAGCAUGUUACAGAGAAGAUGGCACUGCCUGGAGCCCAGGAGCAGGCAUGCUGCCAAAGGCUUAGGAUGCAGAAAAGGUGUGUCUCAGGGGCCACAUAUCCACCCCAGCCUCAAUGCCACCAGGGCCAGGAUUCGGGCCUCUGAGGAGCCCUUGGGGCAAAGUUGCUGGGCCAGUGGCACUCUGUGGGUUAAUGUAGAAGAAUGGAGGGCACGGGGGUCCAAGGGCAAAGCAGGAGGGCUGAGGAUGCUACACACCCUCCCUCUGAUAUGCCUGGGCAGCAGGCAUAGUUGGACAGUGCCUAAGAGAGAGUAGGUUCCAGAUCAGAGUAGAGAGACAGACAGCAGCUGGGCCUCAAGGGUUGAUGCCAAAGCAGACAUUUUCUUCACACCACCCGCUGCUGUAUAAAUAGCUAUGUAUCUGUUUUCCAUAGGAUUUUGAUAAUAUAUACAAACCUUUA